AUGUUGAAUGCACUCGGAGUAAUUGUAUCCGGAAGAUUGGUGCAAACCGACUUCCAGCAGAUAAGUGAUUCACACUUCCUGAUUACCAUUCCGGAUGCGGAUAACGUGAACCAUGUGGUUGUGUUUCUAACCGGAGCGAUCCCUUUUCCGGAGGGGAUGGCAGGCGGAGUUUACUUCAGCUGGCCCGACCCAAAUGCACCGCCUAGCUGGCAGCUGUUGGGCUAUAUUUCCAACAGCAAGCCUUCGGCAAUAUUUAAAAUUUCCCAGCUAAAAAAGCUGGACGAAAUCUCCAGCCAGGGCAGGAUGAUGAACAAUGUGUUCGGAAGUAACCUACCGAUUUCCCACAUCGCCCAGAUAGGUGUGUCGAUCGAACCCGAAAGCUCGCUGAUUCAGCAAACUCCUUCGACGACCACGUCGAGCACGUACUACCAGUUUGGGCAGAAGAUUUUAGAAAACUUUUUCAACUUUGUGAGCAGUUUCUCGGUGACGCAAAGCCAAAUGACACCGGCGCCGAACGAAACGUUCGUGCCACUGUCGACGUUGCAAACGUGGUACACCAACUUCGAACGUAGGUUGCAGCAAAACCCAAACUUUUGGAAAAAUUAAGUUUCCCAACGGUAAUGUACCCGCGAGCACCCGAAAUGAAAGGCCUUAUGAAAGUGUGCUGUAGGAAGAAUAACAUCUCGUAUGAUUCGUUUCUGCACGUCGAACUGGUUUUAAUCUAGGUUUAAUUUUAAAUGCAAUUUGCUAGCCAUUUCGGUUUUUGUAAACUUUAAUUCAUACAAUCA